AUGGAAACGUCGUUAUCCACUGAACAAGCCAAACUUUAUGAACUUAUACUCAAAGCGAAUAAGGAACAGACACAGGAAAUCAAGACAGAAAUACAAGAAAACAUUAAAUCCUUAAAUAGAAAGCUUGAAAAAUCAAUCGAAGAAGUUGAAUACUGGAAAAGAAGAAGUAUCAAUUUGGAGCGAAAAAUAAGAAGAAACAACGUAAUAGUCUUUGGGUUGAAAAAUGAAGAUGAAGCUAGUAUUGUGAAUAUCACAAUUCAAAGACUCAACGAAUUACUAGAAACCGAUAUUAGAGAAACUGAUAUAAAUAAUAUAUACACAAUUGGAAAAACAGAAAAUUCCCCAGUAGUGAUUGAAUUCAUAUCUUAUUUGAGGAAAAAUACACUUUUUGCGAAUAAAGAUAAACUGAAAACGCUUAAGGACAACAGAAUAUCAAUAGCACACGACCUCUGUCAGGAAGAUAGGGAGGAACAGAAAAUAUUAUUGAAGCACCGCAAAAUUGCAUUAGACCAAAAAGAAGACGCGAAGAUCGAAGGAAGAACAUUAUACGUGAACAACAAACCUUACACUACAGAAGAAUUGAGAAAGAUCGAUUUAGAAAACGCAUGUGAAGAAAGCAGCACAGAAACCGAAGAAGAAGAGGAAGGUGAAAUACAGCCAUCACAAGAGCGAACAUUACGGAAUCAUAAGAAUAUCACAGAGAAGGUCCAAAAAGUUCAACCUGUGGCGGCCGCGUCCCACGCCCAGCAAGCGCAAAAAAGGAAGACAGGAAAAACCUAUAAGUAUAGCCCCAAACACGAUAGUAAGACUAGAAAACACUAG